AUGCUGGCAGUUUUCGAGAAAUCGGUGGCGAAAAGCCCUGAUGCCCUGCUGCAAAACGCACAAACUGAAUCUAUUUGCGCCCUCAAAGAUGGAUCUUUGGCCAACCAUUUCUCGUCCGUACACCCGACCGCCGUCCUCAUCAACCUCGGAUCUUCUGGUUUCAUGGCCUACUCAUCGGACAAACAGAACCCUCUUCUUCCUAGAUUGUUUGCGGUUGUAGACGACAUAUUCUGCUUGUUUGAAGGCCACAUUGAAAAUGUUGCACAUCUAAAGCAGCAAUAUGGAUUGAACAAGACGGCAAACGAGGUUAUUAUCGUCAUUGAGGCUUACCGGACAUUGAGGGACAGAGGUCCUUAUCCUGCAGAUCAAGUUGUGAGAGAUAUUCAAGGGAAGUUUUCCUUCGUUCUCUUUGACGGUGCUUCCAAAGCCACAUUCAUUGCCUCUGAUGUUGAUGGAAGUGUACCUUUAUUCUGGGGGACUGAUGCUGAAGGCCACCUUGUUCUUUCUAGUGAUGGAGCCUUAGUGAAGCAAGGUUGUGGAAAAUCGAUUGCUCCGUUUCCCAAAGGAUGCUUCUUCACAUCCUCGGGAGGCCUGAGGAGUUACGAGCAUCCAGUGAACGAGCUGAAAGCUGUGCCGAGGGUUGACAGCUCGGGCGAAGUCUGUGGCCUAACCUUCAAGGUCGAUGCUGACUCACGCAAGGACAAAACCAGCAUGCCAAGGGUGGGAAGUGAUGCCAAUUGGUCCCAACACUACUGA